GAUAUUGAUUUUGUUUUGCGGCUUCAUAUUUGUGAUGUCCUCAACAAACUAACUAUUUCAAUAUCUGCAUGAACGGAUCAUGUCAUCAUGGUGUGUCAAUGCAAAAGUGACAGCUGGGAGCUUCGGCGCCAAAUCAAUCAACUUGAAAUGUCCUCUGCUCCGGACGAACCUGCAGAGAAACCGAAUGCCAUUCGUAUAACUAUCCCAGAACGUUACUACCUCUUGCCGGGUACUGCUAUCAUUGUUGGCACGACUAUCGGUCUAUUUCGUGGCUCGCGUCGGGAAUCCCUGCGCUUCCUCGCAGAAAAUGUGCAUCGACCUCCGACGACUGUAGGAGGAUGGUAUCUCUACAACAAGACUAAGAACUACCGUGUUAUACUAGGCGGACUUAAGGAGGCUGGUGCGGAUGCGGCAAGGCUCGGUGCGACCGCUAUGGGCUGGGUAGCAAUUGAGGAAGGUUGCAAACGAGCUGGAGUGGAGGACAUCGGAGAGGUGGCGGCGGGUCUGGGAACCGCUGGCGUAUUUUCUCUUGCUUAUCGUUUGCCCUGGAAGGCGACCUCGAGAACUCUGGUGCUUGGACUGAUGAUUGGAGUGAUGGUAAAAGGCCUACGAUGGAGCCAAGGGCAACUUCGAGAACAGGCGAAGCUCCGGGCAGCUGAGAUACAGGUGGCUACGGCGGAGGGAAGAGAGGAAGUGGUGAAGGACUUCGAGGCGGCAAUAGAGACACUUGAGUCGCCCAAGAGCAGCCAAUGAGCUAUUACGAGAACGGGUGGAGUGAUGAGAAUUGUGAGGGAAUUACGCGAGCAUAGCAGAAUAAGCAGAUAGCGUAUGCCAGGCGUAUGCAGACAAUAAAAUGUCGGUUGAAGGACUGAAGAGAAUAAAAGGGCUCGACUCGAGGAGCGGAAUC